AUGAGCGAGCAACCCAAGGCAAGAGACUCCGUCACCGUCACCCCCAAGCGAGCAGGGGAAGGAGCAAGCGCCUACGACGUGCAGCUCGACCUCACCAUCAUCGAGCCUCUCUUCCACAUGCGACAGAAGGACGCGGCCAAGUUCCUGGGCAUCUCGUUGACGACGCUCAAGCGAUCUUGUCGCCUCCUCGGGGUGCAGCGAUGGCCGUACGCUGAGCUGCGCGACGGGAGGGCAGGGAACCAGGCCCUGCUCCUCGGCCUCGGGGACGAGGACGAGGACGAGGACGAGGACGAGAUAGGAGGAGUCGGCGGGCAGCGGAGGAGCGGAGACGAGCAGCGCGGGGUGUCGUCAAGCAGCAGGACGACGCCGAGGAUCGACGGGGAGGGAACGAGCAGCCCGCAGAGCCGGGGGGAGACACCAGGGUCGCACACAGAGUCAGCACCCGAGCCUUCCUCGCAAGCCAUCGACGCGCACUGGCUGGAGUGGUACUUGUCGUGCGAGGACGAGGAGGAGAUGUGA